AUGGCCGCCGCGGCGCCCGCGCUUCCCACCUUCCUCCGGCCGCGGCCGCCCCCGCCUUUCCCCUCCUCCACGCCGCCUCUCCACCGUCGCCGCCCCGCUCCGUCUCGUCUGCACCCUGCCCGGCCCGCCGCGCCCCUCUCCCCCGUCUCAGCUGUGGAGAAGACCAAGGGUGCCGCCGCGGCAGCCGACGAGGUCCAGCUGGAGGGGAUGCCUUCCGAGUUCUACGAUGAGGAGUGGCAAGCCAAUCAGCGGGAGAGGACUAAGGAAUGGCAUGCAUAUCGUCAGAAAGAGGAAGCCGAGGAGGAAGCAAAAUCAAGUGAAUACCGAGAGAUUGGGAUGCGUAUGAAAGCAUACCCACAGGAAGAAGUUUGUAAAGCUAGGGUUUUAGUUUCAAGUUUCAUAAGAGCUGGUGAAGAUGUUGAGAAGGUAAUUGAGAAGGCUGCUGAAAGAGGAGAGCUUACCGAGCUUGUUCUCAUGGUCAUUUGGAAUCGACUUGAUGUUGCUCGGCGUGAUGAUGAGAAAGAUGCCAUCAGAAGCCUUGAUCUCUUGUACAGAAGGGUAGAGACUGAGAUUUUAAGAAGUGAAGCAACUCCCGCCAUGAGAUUACUUGAUGAACUUCUGAAUAUUCAUGAUGGCUCUGACGAUGACAAAUGGCUCAAGGCAUGUAGAAAGCACAUGAUUGAAGUUUUUCCAAGAGAGGACCCAUUCACCAUGGUCUUUCCUCCUGGGUUCGACAUGGAAAAAUAUGAUGGGCAGAUCAAGCUGCCUCCCCAGGACGAUGACGUGCUUCUGAGAGUUGACUUUGUGAGGGAAGUCGAUGAGUUGCUGAAAGAAGUUGAAGCUGAGCAAGAAAAGAGUAAGCUGCAAACUGGAUACGACCCAGAGUCUGUUGCGACCAUGUUGAAACAGCAAGAGAAGCUGCGGACUAUAUGUCAAGUGGAAGCUCUCUUGGAGUUGGCAGCCACCCUGAAAUGGUGA